AUGUGUGGUACCUGUCGUAAAGGUUACUAUGAUUUUUUACACGAUUAUUGUAUGAAGGAAAUAUCUACAGUAAUCGAUCAGCGACGUGCAAAUCGGCAGCGCGCUACUACUACUACUACUAACGUGCAAACAGCCAAUGAAGAUGAUGACAAUAAGGAAGAGCCAUCAAGUGAUGAGGACUCGAAUGCAGAUGCAGAUACAGAUACCGACGAAGACUUCGUGCUUAGUGACGAUAAAGAGUCGACGAAACUGCUUCGAGAAGCUCUCAGUCAUCUAUUGGACUUACGUGGCAACAAGAAUCGAACGUGGGUGACCCAUAACUAUCGAGAGCUGACCGAACAAACUCGUCUCAGCUAUUUAUCUCGAGCUCGUUCAAUCGUCAAGAGCGUGAUCCGCGAACGAUGUUGA